UUCUCCCCACGUCGCCACGGUUACGCCAAUCUGACCAUGUCUCACUCGGGCGCUCAAGGCAGCAUCGGCAGCCACUCCGCCAUGGGGCUGCGCGGUCACAAGAUAUGCCUUUACGAGUUUGAGAACUUCCAGGGCCGGAGGACGGAGAUGUUCGGGGAGUGCCGCAACCUGUGUGAGAAGGGUCUGGAGAAAAUCGGCUCUAUCCGCGUAGAAAACGGACCUUGGGUGGGCUUUGAGCAGCAGAACAUGAGCGGUGAGAUGUUCAUCCUGGAGAAAGGAGAAUACCCUCGCUGGGACGCCUGGUCUAACAGCUACCGCUGUGACCGCAUCAUGUCGGUCAGGCCCGUCAAAAUGGACCCCCAGGACCACAAAAUCUGCCUGUACGAGUGCACCAACUUUGAGGGUCGCAAGAUGGAGGUGUGCGACGAGGACAUUCCAAGCCUUUGGUCUUACGGCUUUCAGGACCGUGUGGCGAGCAUUCAGGUCACUGGUGGAACGUGGGUGGCCUACCAGUACCCUGGUUACCGUGGUUACCAGUACAUCAUGGAAGCGGGCUCCUACAAGCACUGGAACGAGUGGGGGGCGCACCACCCCCAGGUGCAGUCCAUCCGCAGGGUGAAAGACAUGCAGACGCACCGCCGGGGCUGCUUCGAGAUGAGCGCCUAGACGCAGACGACCGCAUCUGAAUAUCGCCGCGCAUUUUGUCAGCACCAAAACAACCCGCAGAGGCGCUGCGCUGCUAUCGGUCCAGAAAGCAGCAGGCGGCGAACGCUCUCUGUCUCCACACCUCACCCCGAUCACCUUUUCUUCAUAGCUAGCCGUUUGUGUCGGAAAUAUGUUUCGGUGCUAUUUCAAGCUUUUUAUCGCAUUUAUAGUCACUCAGUUUAUGUUACAGUCGCAACGAUGCCCCUCAGCCUACAACACAGCAGUGGAAAUACAUUUUACGGUAAAAAAACCAAACAACAUCUUGCAGUUACUAUUUGCAGAAAUACGGUGCAAAAAAAAAAAAAAAAUACCAGGGAUUUUACAGUAAAGAAAUUGGCAGCUCAGUCGCCUGAAUUUUACUGUGGAAAAAUAACAAUGGUUCCAUUUUUCUAUUUACAGUCAAGCACUUUAAAAACAACUGUAGAUUUUAUGUAAAAAAAAUUAAAAUAAACCUAAUUUACCGCUAAAAUAACAGUGGUACCGUUUUUUCAUUUACAGUGUGUAAAAACAAUGAUUGUAGAUUUUACGGUAAAAAAAAAAACGGAAGUUAAUUCGUCAAAAUAUACCCUACUUUAUGCAGCAAUACAAUGUAAAAAAAAAUUAAAACAGGGAUUUUACCGGAAAAAAACUGGCAGCUCAGUCGCCUAAAAUUUAUUGUGGUACCGUUUUUUUCAUUUACAGUAAAUCACUGUAAAAACAAUGACUGUAGAUUGCACGAUAAAAAAACAAAACAAAACUGGCAGCUCAGUCGCCUGAAAUUUACUGUGAAAAUAACAGUGGUACCGUUUUUUUCAUUUACAGUAAAUCACUGUAAAAACAACGACUGUAGAUUUUACGGUGCAAAAAACAAAAACUGUCAGCUCAGUUGCCAGUAUUUACAGUGAAAAUAAAAGUGGUACCGUUUUACGAUUUGUCGGAA